ACUUAACAUCCUUCAGAAAUCCUUCAAUUUUGACGAUUGAGUGUAGAUCAGAUAUAUUUUGAAUAUUUUUUUAUUGUAUCUUUAUAAAAAUGAGCGAAAGCGGAUCUUCUCGAACGAAAACAGUUUCUGAAACUGUUGAUUCAGAAUCUACAGAUGGCUUAUUGAUACCCGAUCGCUGGACGAACAACAUAAGCUACCGACAACUUGUUAUGUCCUCCUGUAUAGGAAUCGUACAAUUAUGGUGGCAUCCAUAUUUACAUGAUCUACGGAAGCUUCUUCCCUUUCUGUUUUUGUAUAACGUGUUUAGUUUACUAUUCGGAUAUCCACUGUUUUACUUGGAGCUGGCACUUGGUGUUGUCACGAAGAAAGGUGUUUUGAACUGCUGGGACUUAGCACCGGUGGCGCGAGGUAUAGGUUUCGCGAUGUUAGUGUCUUGUUUGUUCACGGCUCUCGCCGUGGGAGCUGUGGCUGCCUGGAGCCUGGCGCUGCUGGUCCACAGCUUCCAUUCAUUCCUUCCAUGGCUACACUGCGCGGCUAGUGCGCGGCCGGCGUGCGCGGCAAGACAUCGGCCCCUAUCUGCGGGCAGUGAGACUCCUGCGCAUUCUUUUUUCUUCAAUUUUGUUUUGAAUCUCAAAAGAGAAGGUUUAGAUGGUGGACUCGGGAAUAUAGCGUGGGAACUCACGUGGUACUAUGUGAUCUGCUGGGUCUUGAUAUAUUUUAUUGCUGUGAAAAGAAUAUACAGUUAUUCGAAGUUAGUCCUUUUCAAAGACGUGUUGGCAUAUUUUGUUUUGAUAUGUAGUGCAUUUGGUGCUGCUCGGCUUGGUGGAGCUGGUCGCAUGUUUCAAGAAUGCGACUGGACAGUCUUACUAGAUGGGUUAGAGAUAUGGAGAAAAGCUAUCGAAUACUCACUAAUUCAGAUGUCAGUGUCUCACGGCACGUUAGUAAUGCUCGGAUCGUAUUCUCCUAAAGGACAACAUAAGUUGGGAACUACGGCCAUGUUGGCAUUCGCUGUGUCGAAACUCAGCUGCAUGACAACUGCUUUGGUUCUUGGAGCGGCCCACGGUGCUUUGAUCAAGGAUUAUGACAGUGAAACUAAUAUUUGGAACGGCACUUCAUCUGCAAUGAUUUUAUGGUCCGAUUAUGUGGCCAGAAUACCUGGUAGUCAAUUUUGGUCAGGUCUUGUUUUCUUUACGUUGUUCGUGCUGUCUUUAUCGUCGACGGCUCUACUGGUUCAAACAAUGAUGUCUGCAUUCACCGGAAAAUCAAUCAGAAAGAUUUCGUGGGCAUUUCUGGUGCUAAUUUGUGUGUUGUUUUGUUUCCUCGGCAUUAUUACGUUAUGUACACAGGGAGGAUUAUAUAUUAUGAAUUUUUUGAUGGAUUGGCCAGUGACUAUGCCUCGCGUGCCUAUAGCGGCCAUGGUUGCUAUAAUAGUCACCUACGUGUAUGGCCAAACUACGUUCUGCGAAGACGUGUUCUUCGCGGUGGGGGAAUACCCUGGAGUGUUUUUGAGGGUUUGCUGGGCGCUGUCACCUGGUUUGCUAUUGGGAAUUUUCGCUACCGGGAUCGGAUCAUGGUCCUUUGAGGUGGUGGCUGGCUGGAUGAUGGUUGUUUUAACUCUGAUUCCAAUUGGAGUUGUUAUAAUAUUCUACUUGUUUUUCAAGUGUAGGAUCAGAGUAAGUGACGCGUUUUGUGGGACUUAGCCGUACUCAAGAUACCUUACUACAUCGUUAAACCUAACAUUUGCGAAUGACAUAUCUUAGCGAUAGACUUUUCAUUACGAUAUGUUAUUGCUUUUGUUUUAUUAGCGAUAACGAUUGUAGGAAGAUAUGGCAAGAGCCGCUGGUAUUUACUAUAAGUAUACAUUUUAUUUUCAGAACAUGGUCCAGAAUGAAAAGUAAUCGUAGAAGUUAUUUUGAUAAUACAGUUUUCAUGUUUCAA